CCGCAAAGCUGUGAAUGAUGCACCGUAGGAUGGCCAGCCUCUUCUCCUUAAAUUCCCGGCCACAGGCGCUCUUUCGAUUAGCAAGCGCCGCCAAUCGAUCAGUGUGUCGCAGAAAUUUUCAUCUGACGACUGUAGUUCAACAGACCAGGGAUGACGACCUCUUCUCGUCUGUGAUUCCAUCUGAAACUUCAGUACCUGAUCCCUCCAAGUCUACUACCGCCUCAAAAGCUAAAUUUCAGGACGCCGCUGCGCGUCGAGCACCACAGUUCUACGAACUCGUGGAGUACGUGAUCAACCGCACGGGACGCAAACGUGCUGUCAAAGCCGGCCAAGUGCGCCAAACUGCAUGGCUUCGGUUGUUCCAGCUCGCGAGCUCGUCAGAACAGCUGGAAAUGGUGGCAGAGCUGUUUCCGAGGUGGAGAGACUCGGGCAAGGAGUUCCGCCCCAUACACGCAGAGGCUUUCGUCCGUCGCUGUGAGGAGCUGAAUUGCCCGACACUCGCACUCAAGGUUUUUGGAGACCAUUCGAAAUACGGUCUGGCUUUGAGCUCUCUCUUCGCCGCACGACAUAUGCUGCACUCUGUCUAUGACAAGCGCCCGCUUUCGGAUUCUAUGACUGUCGCAGCUCUAUUUGGUGUCUACAAACUCCCACCUGUUUCAUCCGACCUGGCUGCUUGUUCCAUGCUCUAUGUCGCAUGUCUCAAAGAUAAUUCGGCAAAUGCACGUAUCGUGGCCAAGGCGUUGUAUGAAGAGCUCCACAAACAAGUCCAAGACAAACCUCCCGUCAAGGCUCCACAGGAAAGCGUGAUUAGGGCAAGAUACGCAGAGAAACCCAAUAUCUGGUUGUUGGACGCCCUCAAGACGAUCGAGAAGGUACAUAAAAAGACGGGAAAGGAGUGGAGGUGGAUACGAUACUGGACAACAGAACGUGAAUGGCGCCCUCGCGAUACUUUUACUCCCAUACAACCUGCGACUGCCGCCGAGCACGCAUAAUCACAGCUCUUUUUAUCACCAGUCGAAUGUAAUGGAUUUCGUUUUAUUGGUAGGCUUGAAGACCCACCGGAUGGAUGUCACUUCCUAACCCAUUGAUUCCGUCUGUUGAAUUUGCGGUCGUUGUAUGUUUGUUUCUCCAUCUGA